CCUGUUUGUGGUUAAUAUAACCUGUGAAGGCAGAAGACAGAAUAGUGUGUGCUUAGCCAGUGGAGUGACAGCUAUGGAUCACAAACAUCAGUGUGUGGCACUAAAUGAUGGCUAUUUCAUUCCUGUACUAGGAUUUGGCACCAGUGUACCUGAUAAGGUUCCUAAGAGUGAGGUAAUAAAGGCCACCAAAUUAGCAAUAGAAGCUGGGUUCCGCCAUAUUGAUUCUGCUUAUGUAUACCAAGUAGAAGAGGAGGUAGGAUUGGCCAUUAGAAGCAAGAUUGCAGAUGGCACUGUGAAGAGAGAAGACAUAUUCUACACUUCAAAGCUUUGGUCCACUUUUCAUAAACCAGAUUUAGUCCAACCAUCCUUGGAACAGUCACUGAAAAAACUUCAGCUGGACUAUGUUGACCUCUUUCUCAUUCAUUUUCCUCUACCUUUGCAGUCUGGGAUGUCAUUAUCACCCAAAGAUGAACAAGGAAAAGCAAUAUCUGAAGCAGUGGAUCUCUGUGACACAUGGGAGGCCAUGGAGAAGUGUAAGGAUGCAGGGUUGACAAAGUCCAUUGGGGUGUCUAAUUUUAACUGCCAGCAUCUGGAGAUGAUCCUGAACAAACCAGGGCUCAAAUACAAGCCUGUCUGCAACCAGGUAGAAUGUCAUCCUUUUCUCAACCAGAGAAAACUGCUGGACUUCUGCAAGUCAAAAGACAUUGUUUUGGUUGCUUAUGGUGCUGUGGGAAGUACCCGAGACAGAUGGACUGACCAGAACACCCCUAUUCUUUUGGAUGAUCCAGUUCUUGGUUCCUUGGCAAAAAAGCACAAGCGAACUCCAGCCUUGAUUGCCCUCCGCUAUCAGCUGCAGCGUGGGGUUGUGGUCCUGGUCAAGAGUUUCAAUGAGAAGAGGAUCAAAGAGAACAUGCAGGUUUUUGAAUUUCAAUUGACUCCAGAAGACAUGAAAAUCUUAGAUGACCUCAAUAGGAAUGUUCGAUACUACCCUGUUGUGGAUGUAUUUUACGGACAUCCCAAUUAUCCAUAUUUUGAUGAAUGUUGACAUGGAGGCCUUUGUCAUCACUUUGACUUUAACCCCUGCUAAUCAAUAUUGAUGUGGGAGACAUCUCUGGUGGUUGGACACAUCAUUUCUAAUCCAUGCUGUUUGUCAAAUUCACGUUCACUGGAACUCUGCUCACAUAUCAGGAAGAAAAGGGGCUAAAUUUUUGUUGCCUUUAAAAAAUAAUAUAAAGUUAUUUUCCUAUUUAAUACUAAAACCUCAUCCAGCAGCAAAUCUAGGUGAAAUGUGGAGAGAAAGGGGGCUGGAGGGAGAAGGAAAUCCGAGCAAUGCACAUGUAAUUAAUGACUUAGCAUAAUUUGAAUAUGUAAACUUAUAUGGGGGUUGAAAGAAUGGGAAGAGGAAAUAAUAGACACCUAUGAUGGAACUCUUGAAACUGGAGUCUGAAUAGAGGCAUGGGAAAGAAAGGAAAGAGUCACAGAAUUACUUAGUGUGCAAUGUGUUUUAAGUAGUUGUUUUAAUCAGCAUUUUUGUUUUUACUGUUCUAACCAAAAGACCUGACAGGAAUAAUUUUAAGGAGGAAGAGUUUAUUUUGGGGGUUCAUGGUUUCAGAGGUCUGGGUCCACAGACAGCUGGCUCUAUUCCUUGGGAGUAAAGGUGAGGCAGAACAUCAUGGCGGAAAACUGCAUAGAGGAAAGUGGCUCAGAACAGCAUACUAGGAAGUAAAGAGAGGGAGAGAGACAGAGAAAAUAUAUACCCCAAAGGCAUGGCCUAAUGACCCAACUCAUCCAGCCAUACCCACCUGCCUGCAGUUAUCAUCAGUUAAUACCUAUCAGGGGAUUAAUGCACUGAUUAGGUUAAGGUGCUCACAAUCCCAUCAUUUCACCUCUAAACUUUCUUGCAUUGUUCACACAUCAGCUUUUGGGGGAUACCACAUAUCUAAACCAUAAUGGUAGUAAAAAUGGGAGUGGUCACCAGAAGUGUGUCCUAGGCAUGAGUACAAUCCUGUGGGGGCUGAGAGGGACAACAGCCUUGAAAGAACAACAUUUUUUAUAGAUGUAGUUUUCUCCUUCCUUUCUGAGAUGAAAGUUUAUAGAUUCAAGUAUCUAGGGCCUGUUGAUACAAUUAUUUCUAUCAGGAUGAUUAGGAAAAUCAGGCCUGGCUGUCUCAGAAUAAUCACAUAGCUAGUGUGAUACACUAAAUCAUGGUCCUUAAUUAUCCCAUGCCCAAAUCCCUGGAACCUGAGGAUAUGUUACCUCUUAGUAUGUUAUUCUUCUGUGACUGCACAAUUACCCCUGGAUUAUUUAUCCAUAAAAAACAUCUGAAAUACAAAAGAUGUAAGGUAAAGUUUUGUAGGAAGAAUGAAAGAAUGAGUGACACAAUCAACUAAUAUAAAUGCUCUAAUUUGCUUUAAUGAUUAGGAAAUUAAACAAGUUAAAUAGGUGCAUAUUUUUAGAACAAGCAAAGUAUACUGGAAUCAUUGAAUAAAUAAUUAUGUUAAUAAAAGAAAGACAUACAAUCUA